CGGAAGUAUCGCCGCCAUGCCGGGCGCCGCCGAGCGCGGCUCGGAGCUCUCCGAGCAGAUCGAGGCCUUCGCGGCGCGGCUGCGGUGCGGCGGAGAGCGGCCGCGCUCCGAGGACACGGCAAGGCAGACGCUGUCGCUGCUGCGGAAGAUCGUCGGGCACGGGCGAUGGAACCGGGCCGGGGAGCUCAUGGAUCUGAUCCGGACAGAGGGCCAGAGGAUGACAGCAGCCCAGCCAUCGGAGACAACGGUGGGCAACAUGGUGCGACGAGUAUUGAAGGUCAUUCGUGAGGAAUAUGGCAGGCUUCACGGGCGCAGUGAGGAAAGUGACCAGCAAGAAUCCUUGCACAAACUCCUGACUUCUGGAGGACUGAGUGAAGAUUUCAGAACUCCUUACCCCUCCCUCAGAGCUAAUGUUAUUGAAGCUAUUAAUGAGAUGCUAAUUGAGCUAGAGGGCACCACUGAUAACAUUGCUAUGCAGGCACUGGAACAUAUCCACUCCAACGAGGUGAUCAUGACUAUUGGCUACUCACGCACUGUCGAGGCCUUCCUGAAGGAAGCUGCUCGCAAGCGCAAGUUCCAGGUCAUCGUGGCAGAGUGUGCACCGUUCUGCCAGGGUCAUGAAAUGGCUGUCCGACUGUCUAAAGAGAAUAUUGAAACUACUGUCAUGAGUGAUGCAGCUAUUUUUGCUGUCAUGUCUCGAGUCAAUAAGGUCAUCAUUGGUACAAAGACAAUCCUGGCCAAUGGCGCGCUGAUUGCUGUGAGUGGGACUCACACUCUGGCACUGGCAGCUAAGCACCACUCCACUCCACUCAUCGUGUGUGCCCCCAUGUUCAAGCUUUCACCACAGUUCCCUAAUGAAGAAGAUUCAUUCCACAAGUUUGUGUCACCACAGGAAGUGCUGCCAUUCACAGAAGGGGAGAUCCUGGCAAAAAUCAAUGUUCACUGCCCAGUGUUUGACUACGUCCCUCCGGAGCUCAUUACUCUCUUCAUUUCUAACAUUGGGGGAAAUGCACCAUCCUACAUCUACCGCCUCAUGAGUGAGCUCUACCAUCCAGAUGACUAUGAACUCUAAUACUGUGAAGCACAUCACUAUUCAGACUCUCUAUCUUUGGGGAGAUACAACUGCUAAUUAAAGCAUAUGUUGCAAAGACAGGUUGCUGUGGGGAAUUCGCUCAGCAGUGUCUUUCCUACCCAAAAGCAAGAGAAGGGAGAGCUCUUGUACAGGUUUUCCUCACAUGCUGUGUCAGAAACAAUGUGGAACUGCUAACCCACAUUGAUUUUGAAAUAGCAAAGUACAUGUAUAACUCUGGGGCAGCUAAGCUGUUACUUCAAAGUACACUGCAAUAAAGGCUGUUUACAGUGAUCUAACUGUUAAGCACAUUUUCCAUA